GACCCAGCUCUCCGAAAAAGUGUUUCAAGACGAACAUGGCGGCAACUUAACCGCGGUCCAAGAUGACAAUGGCCAACGGGAGAAAGGAUUCUAGGCUUUCCGCCCAGGUACGGGACAGAGAAACCAGUCUGCAUGAAUCGAAAGGGCUCAUUGCUCUCCUUUAAGUGAAUCUGCAAACCGAACGGCGGCAGACGCGCAGCAUCAGUACCAAGAGGCUCGCAACAGCUGGUCUCCCUGCGCCCCCGACAAGAGAACAAACCCGGGGACGGACGAUAGAAAGAGGGGGGCAUGCGGUCAAAGAGGACGCCGUUUCCCCCCGGAGAGCCAUGGAGAACCGGGAUGCGGCAGCGCGAAGCUUAAUCUGUGCGCGCGCGCUAAUUGGAUCGGAAUAGCACCGAUUGCUGCGGGCGCGAUAGAGGAGCGCCCUGGACCGGCGGAGGCACGGCACCCCACCGUUACAGAGGAGAACCAACCGGAGUCCAUCUCCCCCAAGUCAAUGAGUAUUGUGGCAGAGCAGCCCCCGCGGUGGAGUCGGCCAGGGCAGCACUUUCCUAAAAUAUGACCAGGGGUGCUUGGAUGCGUCGGCAGCAUGAUGAAGGCUUAAAAUACUGGUUUGCACCCCGAGAGAACGAGAAGCCAUUUACCGAGUCGGAGCGGGCCCAGAGAUGGCGACUGUCACUGGCCUCUCUGCUGUUCAUCACCGUCCUGCUCUCUGAUCACUUGUGGUUCUGCGCUGAGGCGAAACUAACGCGAACCCGAGACAAGCGGUCGGACGAGGGGCUUGCAAUUACGGACAUGGGCGAGUACCCAAACUCCCUCCACCGACACCAUAUCCCAACAUCACCUGACCCCCACCGUCUCGCCAGAGAGCAAGAUGUUAUUUUUCUAGGGAAUUCUACCAAACCUCUGUGGCGAAUGGACACCUGUCACCCCGACAGCCUGUCCAAAGACUGCUUUACUUUCACGGACGCGAAGACCGUGUGCCUGGGCCUCUCCGGUGGAGGGGGAAAGGGGACACAGUUUGCGUACGUGAAUCUGAGCGAUUUGUACCUUUCUUUUUGUAAUUCCUACUCACUUUUGGAUUUGUUUUACGGGUUUACGAGUCCGGACGAUUUGAAUUGCACCCUGGAUAUGGCCAUGGAGGGAUGCAGCGAGUGUGUCCGGGCUUAUCAGCGUCUUGACCAGCAGGCGGAGGAGAACUACCGGGAGUUUGAGCUGCUGGUUCAGAAAUACGAGACGGAUGCAUACUCGGUUAGGACGUGCAUGGAGGAAUGCAAGAUGGUUUAUAAGCCCUGGCUGUGUUCUCAGUACUUCCAGACCACCCAGAUGCACUGCAGUAAGCGAAUCCCUUGUGGUCAGUACUGCCUGGAGGUGCAGCAGCGGUGCCCCUUUGUCCUGCCCGACAAUGAUGAUCUCAUUCAUGGAGGCAGCCCCAGUUUUAUAUGCACAGGGCUGCUGGAGGACUAUCCAUCAGGUGUAGACCCGGAUGCAGAGUGCUGUGACGUGCGGUGGGACUUGAAAGUGGACAACCGUUCCCGGGGGACCCUGAAAAGAACUCACCCGCCAUGCCAGCACCGUACCUCCCUCAGCUCCUCGGCAGCCUGCAGACUGUGUAACAGCCGGCUCAAACUCUGCCUGCUGGUCCUUGUCCUCCUACAUACUGUUGCCAGCCUCACUGCAUCCCACAAUGCAACAGGACUGGGCCUCCCCGCCAUCACGCCUCUGGAGGAGAGCCCUGCCAAUGAGGAGUGAUACAGCUGCCAGGAGGAGGUGAGGGUGUUGGGGUGGGGGAUUCCCUCACCAUGGCAACCAAUGUGGAAAAAUACAGCCACACUUGUGCGAAUGGCUGGAGCUGUGUGCCUGUGGACAUUCUGCAACACUUGCCGGCAAAUGGAAAAUGUGGAACGCUUUGAGAAAAAAGACACACAAAUCAAUCAAAACAAAUAAAUAAGCAAACAAACAGACAUACUAGGGGACUCAACCAGUUCCUUACAUAGAAAGGGGACAAUGCCACAGCCUUUGUUGAGUGGGAAGGUCGGCUUCCUCAUGGCUGAGUUUCUCUCACUACGCUUUUUUACACUGUGUUCCAAUUAUUGGUUUGUGUUGCACUGGCUGACUAUGGAAUAACACAAUCAUAUUCUCUUUCUAAUGUUCAUCCUUUGUGUUUUUUUCUGGGUCUCUCAUACAUGAAGAAAAUGUGCUCUCUAAAUAAGACAGAUAAAGUGUAAAAAAAAAAAUUAGCUGCAAGGUUGUGUGUGAUGGUUUCUGUUUCUAGAUUUACUGUGUGUGCGAGCAUGCGUGAGUGUGUGUGUGCUUGUAUGCAUGUCUUUACACAUGUGUGUAUGUGUGCGUAUGAGAGGAUGAGUGUGUGUUGUUGACAUGUGCCCUAAAAGCCUACCUAACAGGCGAUGAUGUUUUUAUGGAGGCCCCCUCCGAUGUCACUAAGCUCUGCCAUGCUGGUUUGAUGGCCACAAUCCCAUUAAAACUUCACUGGGGUUUGAAUGUGGUUCUGAUGUCUAUAAUAAGCACUGUGUUUAACGCAGGUUUAUGGUUUUCCCUCACUUUGUUUUGUGAGAUAAUAUUUCUGUAAUCAGCAUCAGUAAAUUGCUAACACCUGGCUAAAACAUCACAUACAGUUUUAUUGCACAGUGAGAGUUUAUUAUGAACAUUUCUCUGGUACAAUCACUUUUAGUUUUUACAUCAAAUCCAGUGGUUUAGAAAAUCUGUCUGAUAACUUGUUUAUAAUAUAUGCCUUAUCAUCUGACCUUUUGGUUUUCUUGCCAUGUUGGACUUCAUUGUAGCAAUGUUGAUGUGUUGCCAGACCAAAGGAGCUACUUUGUUGAGUGAAAUUUUAUCAUAACCAAUGAACCAUACUACAAAAGACCCAAGCAGAAUGAUCCUUUAAGCUUUCAUCUAACCCUACGAUUGGACUUUUACACAGAAGAAGAAGUUUACAAUAAGUCAAAAAAUGUUUGAAAAAUUAUUUUAGCUGCCAUCUGGUUUCCCUGCCAAGUCUGCAUAUUAUAUGUUGUAGGAUCAUGGUUUAAAGAUGCUAAACUAAGCGUUAGGAUUAUCACUCCUCAUGUUUUGAAUGGAGAUGAACAGAUGACAAGGCAGAAGUGCAUGAUUUAGUAAACAUACUGACAUAAGCAAAAUUAGGAGGGUCAAAGAAUCUUGACAUUGGUGUUGGUGAUAGUUUGGUUUAUUACCUUAAUAAUGCUAGUUGAUGAGAUCUUCUGUGUUUGUUUACAGAGUUCGCCACUUGUUAGCAACUUAAUUAGUGCACAGGAAGCUACGAAAAAACCCACAGACAGGAUAAUUUUAUCUCACAGAACAAAACAUGAAACUGUGUUAAGCUUGUCUUAACCAAAGAUGUUAUCCCAGGCAUUUUACCUAAACCCCAUUCGGAUUCUGGUCACUUCUCAGCAACAUUGCUCAGCAAAGUUAACUGACAUCAGGAUUUUACCACUGGAUCAACGUUAUUCACUGUUGUUCCAGACAAAGAAGAUUUUGUGAUGUUAGAUUUUAAAGGUACUAUCCAGUCCAAAUAAUGUCUGCAACAUAAACAUGACGGUUACUCAUGAGCCUUGGUUUUUUCCCUUCUCUCUGGUUUUCAUUAAUAAUCAAAUGUGACCAGCAGUUCAAGUGUAAAUCAUUUUACCCUAUUAUGACCACUUGAAACUCAAUUUGCUGUUUGCCCUCAAACCAAUACUGAGGUCUACAUCGGUGGUGUAAUUUAAACUGCAAGCCUUUGAUGACUGGAUGUUACCUUUAAGGCCUUUUAAUAACUGUCAAACUGUAAGUUCCUUGCAGUUACGAUGAAGACGUCAAUGUCUCGCUAUGAAAGGAAGCAAUCUACCUGCAGCAGCUUGAAGGAAAGGACUGCUAAUAGGUAUAUUACACUAUGACCCUGCUCCCUGGCCAUACAAUACAUAUACAAUUACAUUCUACAUCAACAUAGAAGCAAUUUGUUCAAAAUUGUCAGUUUCUUUCUUUUGAACCAAAGUGCGUAACCUAUUUUCAUGAACUGCAUGUGGAGGCGCUCUGCAAAGUUAUGACAGCCUCUUCUGUUGAUUGUCCUUAGCCCCACUUCAGCUCCAUAUCUGAUCCCGAAUCAGCUCCUGUAGCAUGCCCACUGUCUUGAACUUUUCUCUCCUCAAAACAUCAGACUCAUGUCUCAUUAAGUAAAGGGCUUAUUAAGAUAUACAAUACAAACAUUAUCAUCAGCACAGUCAGACACACUUAACAAACACAUGCGAAUUGUUAGCAGACAAAGGGUAAAUACACGGCUCAUUUCCUGUUUCUUUUCUAACUCGUACGCCUGCAGUACAGAGGCGUUCCACUGGCUGUUACUGGAGAGCAGGAACCGAAACAAAUCCAGAGAGAGGAGCGUGUCAUUGUUUAUGUAAGCACUAAUGGCAUAACCUGAUUCUUGUCUAAGUCAGCUGACACAUUUUAUUUUAUAAAUGUUGACCAGUGUGUGAACAGACGGAAAGGUGUGACCUUAAGGGCUGACUUAUUCUAUAGUUUCUAGAUUUUCUUUUGUCUCUUCCAUGAACAAGGCUGUGAGAUCAGGUAUUCGAAGAUAAACAACUGUUGUUAAAUGCAUUUUGUUUCCACACUGAAGUAUGUUGGUUAUUUAAAUGAGAUGUCCAAUCCAAUAUCUGAUGUCAAGAAUUUUAUUAUACAGCUUAUAUGAGGAUUUAAAACCAUCUUUAUUCACACCAUGUCUAUAUAACCAGCCUGUUUGGCUUAUUUUGACACGUAUGCUGUUUAGACCCUGCCCCACUCUAGACUUCACCAUUUCUGCUUCCAUGAAAUACAUAACUGCUCAUUGUCAUUCAGCACAGCACACCCAUGCCCAUCUUGGAUGACCGCAUUCAGUGAUAGAAAAAUGCUGCUAUUCUAUUUGCCACCAGUAGAUGGAGAUAUUUUUAUUCUUUUAUAUUGCUAUUGCUGCUGAAGAUUUACCACACAAGGACUGUCAUAUACAUAGGAUUCAGAAAGCGUGAGCUGAUGGAAAUGAUGGGCCUAUGGGUAAAAGUGUGCUUGUGUGUGUGUCUGUGUGUGUGUGUUUGCAUAUGUGCAUAUGCAGAGAUGUGUGUUUGUGUGUUUGUGUAACGUUGCUAAUUGCCGUGUGUUCUCUGGAGAGCUCAUUAGUGUUACCAUGACCUUGGGGCCUGCAGGACAGGUGUGGCAAACCACCACACAGGGACCUGCUACAUUAGCUGUCUCAUUAUUCAUUGCAGCCCUAAAGCUGCUGUAGUAUGAAACCACUUUACAUUGUGUAAUAACAUGUGUAAGUGCCCCAAGUCCCAAAACAGACUAGGGUAGGGGUAGAUCUAUGUUUUCCCUGCACCCGUCUCAUUGAAUAAACCUUGUCUGAAAUGAGAUUUCAGAAGGUCAGGGAGAAUGAAGUUGACAAUGACCUGAAACUGGUGCCAAAGCACACCUUGAUUUGAGUCAAAGAAAUCCAUUUGAUAUCAGAUUUGACACGCUGCUUUUCAUGAUCAAACAUAAUGGGAAACAGGAAGAACACAGGGUCUGUCAGUGUCAUAGAAAUGUGCCAUGUUAGCAAAAUACUGAUUGCAACUCAUAAGCUUCACACACCCCUCACCCUAAACACAUGUAAGGGAUCUCUUGAAGACAUACAUGUGGUUUCAUUCUUCCUGUCAUGUCAGCGGCCAUGCUGUGAUGUAACAGCCAUCACGAACCAACUGUUGGACGUGUGUUCAAAAGUCAUGCAGAGGCAAUGCAUCCUCACUGUGGUUGCGUGUGUGUGAAUGCUGUGCGCAUGUGUUGUCCUUCAUGCCCCUUCAGUCAUGUUUGCACCAAGGAUGGACAUUUUUGUGUGCAAGGUUUCUUCCAAACACUAAUAGAAUUAGAUUUGACUGAUGUAAAUCUCUGAUUUGACUUUUAUUGGUAAUGCAGGCAUGCACACAACUGCUGUGAUAAUUUUACUUUUGGUGUGUUUUGGUUUGUCAAUUUUUUACUGCAUUAUACUGAGAAGAAAUUGUGUAGGGUCUUAUUGUUUCAGUCUAGAUCUCCCGACAGUGGUCUGUAGCAGUCGUAGGUUAUGGUCUGUCACAUUCCACAACACACCAACCUACAAAAACUAAAUUUGUGUUUUACCCCUACACUUCUAGACUAUGUAUACCACUUGCCCCUGACUCCCUGUGCACCCACCACCAAAUGGUAUGUACACAAAUAUUGCCCUCUUUCACUCCCUCUCAGCCUCUCUCUGUUUUCACAAUAGUUCCGUUCUCUAUCCUGUGGAUCUAUGCAGAAGCCCAUUCCUUUUUUGGUUGUAAAUAUGUUCCCUAGUAUGCUGAACAAUGUAUGUCUUUGCGUCCAGUUUUCCUUGUGUAUUUUGAGUUGAUGUCAAGUUGUCACUUUCUUCUUGUACUUCUUCUUCUAAUCCUUUUUUUAAUUUUUAUUUUGAGCGUCUGAAAUCAUUGAUGUGGUACGGUUAACCAAUAGACUUGUCCUCAGCUUCGCAACCUUAUUGUGAAAGGUUGUGGUUCUGUGUGUGUGAAAGCGAAAGAUUUAUGAUUAUAGAAAUGAAAAAGGUUCAAAGUCAUAUAGAAGUAUCAUUGCGGUUAUGAUUAUUAUGAUUACUAUUAUACUACCAGUAUAUUGUAAUAUUAUAGAUGCAUUAGUUCAAGUAACUUCUUUAAUUUUUUUACAAACAACUUUGAUGAAAUGAUUUAUAAAACAGUCUCACAAGUCAUGAUCUUUUCGAAAACUAUGAAAACUACUGCUACAAUAAUUAAAAUUGUGUUCUGAUGAAAAUAAAUACAGACAUAUAA